AUGCAUUUUGUGAAAAAAGUAGCAACAACUGAAGAGCAAAAAUUGAAGAAAGAAAAAGAAAGGACUGAGAAAUUGAAAAUUUACUGUAAAUUGAGGGAUCGCAUCUUUGAGAAACGGAUGAAAGGUGAACUGGACGAGGAAAUGUUAUUACUAACAGCUUCUUUGCUUGAAAAAAACCCAGAUAUUUACACAUUUUGGAAUAUUCGUCGCCAAGUGAUCAAUUUAUUGUCAAUGAAAUUAUCAGAAGAAAGCGACGAAGAAAAUACAAAGAGAAAGGAUCGCAUAUUUCUCUCAGAACUGUUAUUAACAGAAGCUAGCUUAAAGGCAAAUUCCAAAUCAUAUUGUGCCUGGUUUUAUCGUCUUUGGUGUUUCAAACAAUUGUCAAAUCCAGAUAUAGCGGAGGAAUUAGCAGCUUGCGAAAAAUUUUUGAAGCUGGAUGAUAGAAAUUUUCAUUGCUGGGACUACCGGCGAGAAAUAGCUCGAUUUGGUUCUCAUUCAGCUGAAGAAGAACUCAAGUUUUCAGAUAGAUUGAUUAAUGCAAACUUCAGUAAUUAUUCCUCAUGGCACUAUCGUUCGUCUCUUCUGCCAUCAUUAUUCCCUGAUACUGAAAAUCAGCUAACUGUAGAUAAACCAACAUUAUACAAUGAAUACCGAAAACUGGAAAAUGCAUUUUUUACGGAUCCCGAAGAUCAAAGUGCUUGGAUAUUUGCUGAAUGGCUUUUACUGUCUGAUGAAAAGAGAAAAAAAUAUGACAUUGAUAGUGUCCAUUUAUUGGGAUUGAUGUUCGAUUUCACUCCUUGCAAAUGCAGUCAUACCGCAGUUUCAUAUUUAUCAGUCACAUUUGAUCGUGCUAUAAAGCUGACAAGGAUAUCUGAUUUUGUGGUUGUAAAAAUGAAAAAUGGUGACCAAUGGACUCCCUUUAAGAAUUCCGAAAUGGUAGAUAAUAGAACAUUCCGUGCUAGUAAUUCAUAUCGAUUUGAAAUCGAUGACGAAAUAGCCGAAUGUCAUUUACGUCCUUCACUUGGUGAACCGUAUGAAAUCAUCGAUAUGGAAAGUGGAUAUGUUAAUUUUGAUGAAAUUUAUCACAUCUACCACAUCAAAUGCAAACCAGUUAAUGAAGCACGAAGAAUUAUAAUCGAAAAACUGAUGGAUAAUUGUCAGGAACUGUUAAGUGAACUGAAAGUUGAACAGAAACAGGAGAUUUUGAAGUGGCCACUUCUUACCUAUACCUUUGCGAUUUUGGAAUUAGAACCGAUUAGAAUGUUUUCAACGAUUUUGACGAAUUUGGAGGAAUUAGCUACAAAUGUUGAUCCACAGCGAUGCGAAAUGUAUGAAGAGAUGGCUAUGAAUUUACGAAUUAACGAAAAAUUACGCCAGAAGAUAGAUAAUGUGCAUAGGAUAGAUAUUUUAUUCAGACAAGUUGAUGGUCAUUUUGUGGGAAAACUGAAACUGGACAAUUUGGGUCUGAAAAGCAUUGACCAUUUAAAAUAUUUGUCAUCAUUUAUUACACACUUGGAUCUUACUGGAAAUAAAUUCACCAAUUUGUGCAUUUUUGAAUCUUUUCGUCGUUUAACUCAUUUACGACUUCUUAAUAAUCCUAUUACCAGUUUUAAAGGUAUAAGCAUGUUGCCGCAGUUGGAUUAUCUUAGUGUUGUCGAAAUGGCCAAGAAUGAUUUGGAUGUUAAAGAUGACUUUGCACUGAAAAAGAUUAGGAUGUUGGAAUUUGAAGAGUCAGAACAAUCGGUCAAAGUAUAA